AUGCUUUGGUCACGGAGCUUUUCCUCCUCCCCACGACGCUACGAGAUUAGAGACGUUGCAACUCUACCAAAACGACUGAUACCAAAAUAUCAAGAAUCCCAAGUGGGCGAUCUCCUUUCCCUCCAAUGGCCAGCACCCCCCCGGAAUAUCUUCGUCGUGAAGAAAGACUAUUCUCCGGCUGUUACUGCCUCCUUGAUUGAAUUUGCCAAUCACGCGACGUCUACCUACCCAUCGGCCUCGAUCAUUCUAGAACCCAGUGUCGCAGAGGAGAUACACUCAUCACUUCAGUCGCCUGUUUACACCGCCCCUCUAGACCAACUACGACCGGCAUUGCAUGAUAAGGUGGAUCUCACCGUUACUCUCGGAGGAGAUGGUACGAUCCUACAUGCCUCGUCCUUGUUUGCCACAUGCUACAACGUCCCGCCGGUGCUGUCAUUCAGCAUGGGAACCUUGGGCUUCCUGAGUGAAUGGAAAUUUGCCGAAUACAAGCGCGCAUUCCGCGAGGUAUACAUGUCAGGAGCCGGAGUCGGGGAUCGCGCGACGGUGCUGGGAGACCCCCAGCCAGCCUCGGUGGACGAAACGCUGGAUCUGGAAGCGAAUCCUACUGGAUGGUCCUCAGUACGGGGGAAGUCGAUGGGCUUGACGCGCGGGGCCCGGAUCUUGAUGCGCAACCGACUGAAAGUCGGGCUGUUCACGGCGGACGGCAAGCCAGUCCAACGGGAAUCCACAUCAGCGGCCAUGCCAAACGUUGUGAACAACCAAGGAGUGUACGUUAUGAACGAGGUGCUCCUGCAUCGAGGCAAAGAGCCACAUCUGGCCGUACUGGAUGUCUAUGUUGGGGGCCGGUUUCUAACGGAAGCCGUGGCCGACGGGAUCAUUAUCUCCACGCCGACGGGUAGUACGGCAUACAGUUUGAGCAGUGGAGGCAGUAUUGUACACCCACUCGUGCCCGCGGUUCUACUGACACCAAUUUGUGCGCGGAGUCUAAGCUUCCGGCCCUUGGUGCUGCCAUCCAGUACCCCAAUCACUCUCCGGCUGAGCGAGAAGAACCGGAGUCGCGAGUUGGAGGUCAGCAUUGACGGGGUGAACCUAGGGCAAGGAUUGACCGCGGGGAUGGAGGCACGAGUAUGGGACGAAGAGAUGCGACAUGGCAAGAAUGAAUGGCAAGGAGGCGUGCCAUGUGUAAUGCGAAGAAUCACCGGUGGCGAGGCACACGAUGGAUGGGUUGGAGGCUUGAAUGGAUUGCUGAAAUUCAACCAUCCAUUUGGUGAGGAACGCUGA